CAAAAUGAAACCUUUGUGAAGUUGCGAAUGCGAUCAGGAUUAUUGGAGUUUCCCCUUCCCCUCUCUCUCUCUGGUUCGCUCUGUUCUUCAAAAGGGUGAGAAAUUUCUGCCAUUUUUACAUAUCUUCAAUCUUCAAUCUUCAAUCUUCUUCCUCUUUACCCUUUCGUUUACUCUCACCAUUCAUUCAUCCUUCUGCCCGAUCAAACCCCUUCCCCCUUUUGCUGAUUCCGCCCGCCGGUCUUUUUGACCUUGCAAUUCCGCGAUUCUCUUCUCCGGCCCUGCUCCGAUCAUGGCGUCCCAGCUCCUCGAUUUCUGAUUCACUCUUCUUUUGGGUUCUUGAAGAUUGAAGCUACUGUAGAUUUCUCAUCAGGGUUUGCCGCCAUGCCUUGAUUUUUGUUGUAUUAUUGUUUUUUUCGUCCUCCACGGAGUCUCGUUUGCGGAGAAGGGUUAGGCCAUUCAUCGGAAUGGAAGCGUCUGGUAGCGACCCCGACGCUCAUAGAGCUGCUUCCACCAGUGGUAGUUCAAGAAGGUUUGGAAUGUUGGCUGCCUCGAACAUAAUUCAGGCUCCUCUUUCUGCGUUGUUGGAGUAUUCGGGUCUUCUUCGUGGCCGCCCAAGUCAUCAAGAAUCCGAGGCAUUGAUAAGUGCACGGUUGCCUUCGGGGUUUCGUGACCAUAUUCGCAGCCAGAUUGAAGAAUCUUCUGGUUCCACCAACGACGGAGAGGUUUCAAUUAGGAUCAUUGGGGCGGGGGAACAAGAACAUGGUAGGGAUGGUGCUGGAUUAGUUGUGGGGCAGGCGAGGGAAGUAGGCGGUCAGAAUGCUGUAUCGUCACAAUCUGUUUCGGGGUUGGCAUCAGAGCUUAGCCAGGGAGAUCCUGCUCCUGAACGUGGGGCAAGAGAAGGCAUUCCUCAACCAAUAAACGGAGGUGCUGAUGGAGAUGCCUUGGAGGCGGCUGGGGGAAAUGGCAGGGAUUCUUCUUACCAAAGAUAUGAUAUUCAGCAGGCUGCUCGGGGGAUUGAGCAGAUUCUCCCAUUUAGUUUUCUUCUACUGGUGGUCUUCAUUCGACAGCAUUUGCAAGGCUUCUUUGUGACAAUUUGGAUAGCUGCUUUCAUGUACAAGUCAAAUGAUAUUUUGCGAAAACAAACAGCUUUGAAGGGAGAGAGAAAAAUCUCUGUUUUGGUUGGAAUUUCUCUUGCAUUCACUAUUCAUGUUAUUGGUGUGUAUUGGUGGUAUCAGAAUGAUGAUCUUUUAUAUCCACUGAUCAUGCUUCCUCCCAGAGCGAUACCUCCUUUCUGGCAUGCUAUUUUCAUCAUCAUGGUGAAUGACACUUUGGUCCGUCAGGCCGUGAUGGUGGUCAAGUGUGUUCUAUUGAUGUAUUACAAGAACAGCAGGGGCCGAAAUUAUCGUAAACAGGGUCAAAUGCUAACUUUAGUUGAAUAUCUGCUACUACUGUACCGUGCCUUGUUGCCUACUCCGGUCUGGUAUCGUUUCUUUUUGAACAAAGAGUACGGGAGUCUAUUUUCAUCACUGUUGACAGGACUGUAUUUGACUUUCAAACUCACAUCUGUUGUUGAAAAGGUGCAAUCCUUCUUUGCUGCUUUGAGAGCAUUGUCACGUAAAGAGGUGCAUUAUGGGGCAUAUGCAACGUCAGAGCAGGUCAGUGCCGCUGGUGAUUUGUGUGCUAUUUGCCAAGAAAAGAUGCAUGCUCCUAUCCUACUCCGAUGUAAACACAUAUUUUGUGAAGAUUGUGUAUCAGAGUGGUUCGAGCGGGAACGAACAUGUCCGUUGUGCAGGGCUUUGGUUAAACCCGCGGAUCUGAGGUCAUUUGGUGAUGGAUCAACAAGUCUGUUUUUCCAGGUUUUCUAAGCCAUUUUACUUCAAGACCCCCCAGAGGUUUUGUGGUUUGAAGAGCUAAAUAAAGCCAGCCAUUGCAUUCUUAAACCUACACAAAAUGUACAUCCAACUAAUACAGUGUAGCUAGCUGCCAUAGAAGAGAGAGAAAGCAAAGACUGGAGACAGUGAAACCAUCUGCUUGAUUUCUGCUGCUCACAAGGAAGUGCGCUGGGAAACACGAACUCAAAACUGGAAUCGAAAUCGAAAUGUAUACGUAGUAGUCCCUUUUCGUCCGAUGUUCGAGAGGAAGAAUUUAGCCAUAUGUAUUGCAAAUCUUAAUUGAGUGUAAAUUUAAUACCAAAGCCAGUUGCUGUGUUGAUUUUUUUUUUCUUUUUUUUUUCAGUCCAAAUGCAUAAAAUGACAAUGUUUUGGACACUUAGAAGUGUUAAAUACCCAAUACAGAAUGUGAACAUAUUUUGGCUCUUCAGUUUGCUUAUGUGAAUUUGAAAAUGGAGAAGGGAAGUGAAAAAUGACCA